CUCAUUGAAUCUGCAAUCUCUCUCUCUCUAAUUCUUAUUAUUUUUUUUGAACCAGAGAGAGAAUAACUGUGAACUUCAGUAAUGGAAAGAGUGAAGAAAUUCACUGUUAUUUUGUGUGGGUUUUGGCUGUUGUCUCUUUUCUUCAAUGGAGGAGGAUUCACCAUUGCUGCAAGAACUGGAACUGAUGAUGGAUCUGAAAGAUGGGGAUAUGUCCAAGUGAGACCCAGAGCCCACAUGUUCUGGUGGUACUACAAAAGUCCUUUCAGAAUUGAACAUCCAAACAAGCCUUGGCCAAUAAUCCUUUGGUUGCAAGGCGGACCUGGUGGAUCUGGGGUUGCAAUUGGAAACUUUGAAGAAUUCGGACCAUUGGAUACAAACCUGAAACCAAGGAAUUCCACAUGGUUGCGCAAAGCUGAUCUUCUUUUUGUGGAUAAUCCAGUGGGAACUGGUUUUAGUUUCGUGGAGGAUGAGAAGCUGUUGGUGAAGACAGAUGAAGAAGCAGCAACUGAUUUGACAACAUUAUUGAAGGGAUUGUUUAACAAGAACAAAGCUUUACAAAACAGUCCUCUUCACAUCUUUGCUGAAUCCUAUGGAGGCAAAUAUGCAGUCACUCUUGCUUUGUCUGUUCUCAAAGCCAUUAAAUCCAAAACCUUAAAGCUUAACCUUGCUGGCGUUACAAUAGGAGAUUCUUGGAUCUCUCCAGAGGAUUUUGUUUUUUCAUGGGCACCUCUGCUUAAAGAUUUGUCGAGAAUAGAUAACAGUGGCGUCGAGACUGCAAACAUGUUGACACAGCAAAUAAAGAAGCAGAUUGAGAAUGGACAGUUUCAAGAGGCGACAGAUACAUGGAACAAUCUUGAGAACAUGAUAUUGCAAACCAGUAACUAUGUUGAUUUCUACAACUUUUUGUUAGAUUCAGCUGAGGAAAAAGUAGAAGGUAUUACUGUUAGUAGUAGUAGUAGUACGAGGUCAGUAGUAGGAGGGAGGACAGGAUUAAUGCAGAAAUAUUCAACAUAUCUUGAAUCUUUAAGGAUUAAGGCUUCUAAUGGUGGUGAUGGGGUAACUAGUCUUCCUGAUCUAAUGAAUGGCCACGUUAAAAACAAGCUCAAGAUCAUUCCACCCCAUGUUACAUGGGGAUUUCAAGCCCAAUAUGUUUUCAACGCACAGUCCGGUGAUUUUAUGAAGCCAAGGAUCAAUGAGGUUGAUCAACUGUUGGCCAAAGGAGUUAAUUUCACAAUUUACACGGGUCAGGUUGAUCUCAUUUGUUCCACCAAAGGAACUCAGGCAUGGGUUGAAAAGCUCAAAUGGAAAGGGCUGAAGGAAUUCUUGAAUAUGGAUAGAACACCACUUUAUUGUGGAGAUGAUAAAAGGACAAGAGGAUUCACAAAGUCAUACAGAAACCUACAUUUCUAUUGGUUUCUUGAAACUGGUCAUUUUGCGCCAGUUGAUCAACCCUGCGUUGCAUUGGAUAUGGUGGGGGCCAUCACACAGUCUCCAGUUGCUUCCAAGUAAUUAA